AUGAAACAGAUUACCUCCAUAAUCCUGCGAUUUGGUCUUGGUGAUUAUUGGAUGAUUGUGUUAGCACGCUGGCAACCGAAGAGGCCUCAACAUUUUCCAUCAGUUUUGGGUGUUCCAUUGGAGCUCAGAACGGUUCCAACCUUUGAAAGCUUUGGUGAUGCUACUGGAAAGACAGUUGCAGAGAAGGUGGAUCAUAGGCGUGUGCAAGUGACGGUUGAUGCUUUCCAAGAGCUAUGUUUUGAAACCAUUGUGGAUUUCAAAAGCAGGGAGUUCUAUGAUGGAGAGGAAGCUCUAGUCUCGUUGAGGUAUGAGAAGCUUUUUGGGUAUCGUUCAACAUGUUCUGGUCACAAAGCGAAGAAGUGUUUUUUUUGA